AUGACAGUGGCUAUGUUGAUCCAAGCCGAUGGAGGUUUGGAGGUGACGAUAAUGGUGAUUAUUGUUCUUAUAGAAGUUGGAGGGGGUGUGGGAGUUUCUUCGGGAGAGGUGGGAGAGAGAAAUGUAGGUGGUGGGAGUGGCGGUGGCGGCAAUGGAGUUACCGGGGGCUCUGACGUGGUGAGGGAUAUGGUGCAGGUGGAGGCAGCAAUGGAGUGGAGGAGGGGGCGGCGGCGGUGGAGGAGGGGAGGAGGAGGAGGAGGAAGUGGUGGGUCCGGCCAUGGAGAAGGAUUCGGAGCAGGAGGUGGAGUAGGUGAAAAUGGAGGUGGUGGUGGUGGAGAAGGUGGUGGAAGUGGUAUAGAAGGAGGGUCCGGUCGUGGUAGUGGAUUUGGAGCAGGUGCAGGAUUUGGGGGAGCUAGUGGUGCAGGUGGCGGCGGCGGUGGAGGAGGAGGGGGAGAGGGAGGAAGCAAUGUGGAAGUGGUGAAGGCUCAGGUCAUGGAAGUGGUUUUGGAGAAGGAGCUGGCAUGGGAAUUGCAGGAGGAGGGGGACGAGGUGGAGGCGGCGGCGGCGGCGGCGGGCAGAGGUUUUGGCGUGAGCAACAAUAUUGGUGGAGUAGGAGGAAGUAGUGGAGGAGGUGGAGGUGGAGGUGGAAGCGGCUCUAGUAGAGGAGAAGGUCAUGGGAAUGGAUUUGGAGCGGGUGGGGGUAUAGGGAGCAUGGGAGGUGGAGGUGGUGGAGGAGGUGGCGGAGGAGGAGAAAGCAAUGGUGGAGGGUUGGUCAUGGAAGUGGCUUUGGUAUGGGAAUGGGCGACAUGGGAGGAGGAGGUGGCGGCGGCGGAGGUGGAGGAGGAGGGAGUGGAUAUGGAGAAGGAUAUGGUGGAGGGGAAGGAGGAGGCUAUGGAGGAGGGAAUACGAAUACAAUGGAAAUGGCAAGGGAAUGGGAAUGAUUUGGAAUGGGAAUGGGAAUGGGAUUCGGAUUUGGAGUAG